UGCUUGGAUCGUUCGUUGUUAUAUUAAUAUUGCAUUGCAUUGCUAUUUCAAGACGUGUAGUUUUAACGGAUUUUGUCAUAUGAGUUUUAGAGUGGUAAUAUGUGGAUUUUUUGGUAAACUUAGGAUCUUAUGAGUUUUUAAGUUGAAGAUGUUUCGUUCUAAAUUGGACGUUGAUAAACACGUGCAAGAAGUAUUCCGGAAAUUACGAAAUGAAAAUGAGAGGAACCUGCGCAGCUACAACAUCGCCAAGCUGUACUACGGGGUGGGGGCGUACGAGAUCGCCCGGCGCUACGUGUCGAGCUACCUGUCGGUGCGGGACAACUCCCCCGAGGGGCACAAGCUGCUGGCCCAGGUGUACGAGAAGCUGGGCGUGAAGGAGCGCGCCCUGGCCGAGUUCAAGAGCUCGCUGGAGCUGGACAGCAAGCAGCCGGAGCUCGUGCUAAGGGUGUGCGAGCUGCUGGUGGAGAUGGACAUGCCCAUCGACAAGGAGGGGGCCCGGUACUGGUGCGAGCGAGCCGAGACCCUCUACCCGCACCACCCCGUAGUGUUCAAGCUGAAGGAGCACCUGUUUGCCGCCCGCGGCGACAGCGACUCGUCGGAGCUGGAGGCUCUCAUAGCUGCGGAGCUGACCUCCCGGCCGCGGGACGUGAACCUGCGCGUGCGGCUGCUGAGGCUGUACCUGGACACGGGGCGGGCGGCGCUGGCCUACCAGCAGGCGGUCGACGUGGAGGCCCAGGGCCUGUUCGCGAGCGAGCAGGCGUGGUACGACUGCCUGGUGGACGUCCUGCAGGCGUACGAGGGCUGCGCGGAGGCGGUGAAGGACUGGCAGCUGCGCAUGCACCUGGUGUGGGCGCUGGAGCGGCGAGCCUGGCUGUGCCUGCAGGAGCAGCUUCCCGGCUCGCGCAUGCAGCUGGUGGACUGCGUGCAGGCGCUCUUCAGGCUGGACCAGCAGCUGGAGGAGGCAACGCACCAGGUGGCCCCGCCCAGCGAGCGGGAGCUGUACAAGCAGUUCCUGGGACACGCGAGGGCGCAGCUCUGCCUGCACCUGGCCACCUUCGUCUGCAAGAGGACCAGCAAGGUACUGCAGGCCAGUGCCCCGCGCUUUCAAUCUUAUGAGCUGGGCAACUGGAAGGACGCGUGCAGCCUGGCGUCCCCGCUGCUGCUGCUGGCCGGGGCCCCUCCCCUCGACGUGCACGCCCUCUGGCUGCACGCCCUGCCCGAGGCGCGCAGGCGGGCGGCCGAGCGCUGGAGCCUGGAGGCCGCCUUCCGCUGCAGCCAGGCCGGUCACGUUAUAUUGAGUAUGACCAAUGACAAUGUUUCACGAUUCCUGGAAAAAGUGAACCAGUUUUGCUCUGGCAACUGGAGGGAGAGAGUUUUCAAGAGGAUAUUCUUGUCGCGCGACCACCAGCAGGCCAUGGGCACCUCGCACUUCAUGAAGCACCAGUGGUUCGCGUCGGUGCCGUCGCAGGUGCCCACCCGCACCCUCCUGCGGCCGUACGACGAGCGGAGCCAGAGGCUGCACCCCGCCUGCCUGCACUACCUGGUGUGGCUGGGGCUGCAGGACUCCUCGCACGGCAGGAAGGGGGCCGUGCUCCGCCCGGGCCCGGACUUCUCCUGCCACGUGUUCGCCAGGCUGCCGCUGGGCUGCGCCAACGAGCGCGACGCGUCGCCGAACACGCUGUGCCAGCUCGACGUGGACGCAUUCCUCUACGCGGCCGUGUUCUGCUCGGCGGCCAUAUUGGAGGAGCAGCAGGCUACGGGGCUGCACAGCUCUGACCGGCCUGUCGUGCUGCCUGCCUGCAUCAUGCCGCAGCUCUGCAGCGCGGAGCAGGCCAAGUGGUGGACCACGGCCUACAAGCUGUACACCCAGGAGCUGUUCUCGGGAGACGCCCGGCAGAUUGUGAAGCGAGGCAUCGAGACCAUCAGGGUGUGCGGGAACCACGGGCUCGACAAGCGCCUCAUCGUGGAGCUGGCCAGGAUAUUUGCUGAUCGGGCCACGUGCCUGUCCGCGCAGACGGACGGCAACGCGGAUGUGUCCGCCAUCGAGGAGCGGGCUGCUCUCUACUGGAAUGCAGCCCUCCCCAUGUUGGAAAGACUGCAGCGCAACCAAAGUGUCCGGGCCCCGUAUUGCUCCUUGUUCGAGUACCGAGGGAAGGAGCCGAGCGUGGCGGAGGUGAACACGCUGGUGGAGGAGGGACGGCUCUUCCUCGCCUGCAGCCUCAUGAAGCAGGACAAGCUGGAGGAGGCCCUGGAGGCGUUCCAGCAGCUCAAGAGCCCGUACGCCACCUUCUACCAGGCGUCCAUCUACCGCCGCCUGGCCGCCCAUGAGCUGAACGGCUGCCGGCCGGACGAGAUCACCAGCGAGAUGCGCUCGCGCCACGUCGUGCUGCUGGUGAAGGCGCGCGAUGCCCUCUACCUCACGUACGAUCGCCUGCGCAGCCCCGGCACGGACCCUAAGCACGCCCUGAACGCCCAGCUGUCGGCGCUCAUUCACGACGUGGAGAGCGAGCUGGGCAGCAUCGAUCCUGAGAUGUCCAACGACAUUCGCAAUGACAUGGAUAGAUACUCGGAGGAAAGUGGUCCGUCCCUGCCGUCUGUUGCUGAGAACCUUAACAUCUUUCAAAACUCCCCCGCGAACUGGCAGAAUUCGUCGUCGUUUCUCAACAUGACGCCCAGGAUGCGCACCAGCUUCGGGCGGCAAGGGUCGGCCCCGCACAGAAGUGCUGCCAACAGACUGAACGACACAGACAUGGCCACCGAUCACAUUCCACACCGGACGGAGGCCCGACCAAGCCCGGAGCGACUGGACGCGCAGAUCAGACACAUGCUGCACAGCCGUGACGCGGUCGUGCAGAGCGUGCUGGAGAAGACCCGGCUGGUGAUGGAGAGCAACCAGGCCAUUGUGCAGCAGCUCAGGGAGAACACCCGCUGCAUGGAGGACCUGAAGAGAGAAGUACUUGAAGUAAAGAAGGAGCUACAAGACUUCAAAAAGGACAUGAAAACUCGUAAAAGCACAUAUUCAUCGCAUCUCAAUGCAGAUCUUGGUCAGGUUGAAAAUGACGAAGGGCUUUACGUUUUUGAUGAUGAAGAGUACGCAGAAGACAUGGUGGUGGGUGGUAGGCAGUACCGAUCCUUCCACACGCCCCAUCCCACCUACCCCGUGAUGUUCCCUCCGGCCGAGGCACAGCCACCCUUGAUCUCCACGUUGUUCCCGCGCAUGGAGCCUCACCUGGUGUACCCCGCCCCGCCAAUGUCGAACCCGGGCGGCUACUACAGCACGUCUGCCCUGCCCUUCUCCGAGGGCCAGCAGCUGCCGGACUUCCGCGGGGGCCCGCCACCCGCGCCCCCCGCGUUCAUCCAGCCCAAGCUGGUCCCCGCGGCUCCCGUCAACGUGGUGAUCACCUCUUCCGACACGCUGCCCACGUCCGUGCCCGCGGUCCAGCCGACCCUGAGCGUGACCAUCCCGCCACAGCAUCGCUCGUCCUCCUUCCCGGCCCCGCACGCCUUCCAGAUCUCGCUGCCCGCCCAGACCCUGCCCCCGCAGCCCUCGGUGCUGACCAAGGAGCCGGCCGUCCCUCCCUCCAAGGAGCAGCUGCUGUCCAACGUGCCCUCGCCCACGUACUCGGCGGUGUCCCCGAGCAAGGAGCAGCAGAGCCAGCCCCGGGGCCGGUCCGAGUCGGAGGACGACGAGGCGGAGCAGGAGCACGACCCCAGCUUCGAGCCCGUCAUCCCGCUGCCCGCGGAGGUGGAGCUGUCUACCGGCGAGGAGGGCGAGACCCUGGUGUUCCAGACCCGCGCCAAGCUCUUCAGGUUUGUGGAGAAGGAGUGGAAGGAAAGGGGAGUUGGACAGUUAAAGCUGCUCUUCAACGCAGCCACAAAGAAGGGGCGGUUGCUGAUGCGUCGAGAGCAAGUGCUGAAAGUGUGUGCCAACCACCACGUCACUCCGGACAUUCAGCUCAUGAUCAUGAACGAUCGUACCUGGAUUUGGGCUGCCAACGACUUUGCCGAUGAGGAGAUGCGGCUGGAGAAGUUUUGUGCACGCUUCAAGACUGAGGAGGAGGCUGGUAAAUUCAAGAAUGCUUUUGAAAAGUUGAAGGGAAUGGUUGUAGUCACUCCAGUGAAAUCUAAAGAAUCUAAAGAAGACAGGAGCUCACCAGUCAAGGUACCUGGGAAGAAAUUGCCCAUCAGUGACAAUGGCAGUAAUAAUGACGUAGUCACUUCAGGUGGUCAAACAACAGCUAAUACUUCAAAGCCAAUUUUAAAUCCACCCAGAUUUACUGUUAAGCCAAUUUUAACUCCGGCCAAGUUUUCUGUCGGUGGGUUCAGUUUCACCUCUGCUCCAAAUUUCAAAUCUGAGAAUAAAACUGAUGAUUCCAAGACUUCUUCUAAAGCUAAAGAAACUAAUGUAGAACCUGAGAAGAAGAACCCACUAUCAGGUUUUACUUUCUUUUCUGCUCCUAAAUCCUCUCUGAACGCUGCAGCUGCUUCUCAGUCAGAUGAGAACAAGAAUGUUUCUGCUGAGCCAAACACACAGGAGGGCAAUGUCCCUGGUUUACCGCCCGUGUUGAAGGUGCCCGAGGCAUGUGUGAAUUUCAGUAGUCUUGCCCAGCAAGCCAGCGAGUCCAGCCAGUUUGGGUUUAAGAGAGACAACAGCUUCCCAGGAUGGCAGCAGAGUGGCUGUGUCCCGGUGUUCGGUGGGGCAGCUUCUACGCCGGCCAAGGACGAUGAACGCGUGGAGGACUUCGUCCCCACUGCGGAGUUCCAGCCGGUGGUGCCCCUCCCUGAGCUGGUGGAAGUGAAGACCGGGGAGGAGCAACAGGAAGCCCUCUACCAGCAGAGGGCCAAGCUCCUCCGCUUUGACCCGGAGACGAAGCAGUGGAAGGAGCGCGGCAUCGGCCAAAUGAAGUUGCUGCGUGAUCCGACGACCGGUCGCAUCCGACUGCUGAUGAGGCGGGAGCAGGUGCUGAAGGUGUGCUGCAACCACCACCUGACCAAAGAAAUGAAGUUCAACUCCCUGUCAACAUCGGACAGAGCUUGGACGUGGUAUGCCCAGGAUUAUUCCGAGGGAGAGCUACAGGCUGAACUGUUGGCCAUCAAGUUCAAGACUGUCGAACAAGCUCGAGAUUUCAAGGCAGUUAUUGACAGGUUGCAGUCUGAAAUGGAAUCUGCGCAAGUAAACGAGUCCAUUUAUUCUGACAUUGACUCUUCAUCUGACUUUGACUCCUCGCUGCUCGCCAGCCCACAGCAAGAUGGGCCGUCUAGAUCGUCGUCUGUCUGGACUUGCGAGUGUCUUUUUCCCAAUUCUGAGAACUCCAAGCAGUGUCGCUCUUGCAAGAAAAAGAGGCCUCCGCAACACAAAAGCGAUGUGUUUCCAUCUUUCAGCAACAGCGAAGGCAAACUAUCAGAAAUAUGCAGGCCCAAGGAAGGCUCCUGGAACUGCGACGCCUGCUACCUCAACAACGAUGCGGACAGGCUUCGCUGUGUGGCCUGCAUGGCCCCGAAGCCCGAAACCACGAACCCGUCAGAUGAUAGCAAGCUUGCCGAUUUGUUGAAAGCCAAGAAUGGAUCGUGGUGUUGUGAUUCUUGCGCUUUGUUGAACGACGUUGGGAAAACUAAGUGCAUAGCUUGUGACAGCAAGAAGCCGGUUGCCGGAGCCGAGAAGCCGGAGCCGGUCAAGCCCCUGUGGGAGGCGUUCAAGCCGAGCGCCGAUACUUGGGAGUGCAAGAUGUGCUACGUCAGGAACAACAACACGUUGGCCACGUGUAUGUCUUGCGAGUCACCCAACCCCAACGCUUCAGCAUCGACCAACUCCAACGCUCCGUCUUCGGCCCAGCAGUCGAGCUCGUUCAAGUUCUCGGUGUCCUCGCAGAGCUCGCAGAGUUCCGGUUUUAACCUCGACUCCGUGUUCGGCACCGGCGAAGUCCGCAGUGCCCCCAAUGUUGAAUACACGUUUGGCAUCAAACCAGACGUGAAGACGAGCAACAGUGCACCGCUGCCUUCCUUCUCGUCGCUCACUUCACUCGGGAGUGAUGCAUCGUCUGACAAACCAUUCAUGUUCGGUACCAGAUCAGAGAUUCCUAGUUUCCAGUUUGGCGUCAAGACUUCUGAAGCUCAGAAAGCGGUGCCAGAUCCGAGCUUCACUUUUGGAAGCGAGGGGAAAUUCAACUUCAACUUCAGUGGGGUGCGCCCCAAGUCUCCCACGAAGUCUCCCAAGUCUCCCAAGUCUCCCAAGUCUCCUGGAGGGGGCGCUGGCCUGUCUGCCGGCGAGGACGGGAGCAGCAGCGAGGUGGAGGACGAAGGAGAGCACAUAUACUUCCAGCCGGUGAUACCGCUCCCUGACAAGGUGCCCCUGGUGACGGGGGAGGAGCACGAGACGGCCGUCUUCUGCCACAGGGCCAAGCUGUUCCGCUUCGGCGACGGCGAGUGGAAGGACCGCGGCGUGGGGGACUUCAAGGUGCUCCGGCACAACGCCUCCGGGAAGGUCAGGUUGGUGAUGCGGAGGGAUCAGGUUCUGAAGUUGUGCCUGAACCACUACCUCACCCCGGAGCUGAAGUUCAGUGUGAAGGACGAGAAGUCGUGGAUGUGGUGCGCCCCGGACUUCUCGGAGGGGCACCUGACCAACGAGCAGUUCGCCGUCCGCUUCAAGACCAAAGAGAUUGCGCAAGAGUUCAGAGAGGUCGUCCGCAAGACUCAGGCUGCUGCCGGGGACGAAGCCAGGGCCUCGGAGCCGGCCGAGCCAGAGGAGGCCGCGGGGAACGGUGGCGAUGGCAGCAAGGUCGUGUCCAGCUUCAGCUUCAAGGUCGUCGAUCCCAACUGCUCCGCGGUGGACUGUCAACACGGGGCGAGCGGGACCACAGGCACGGGCCCUGUCGGAUCACUCUUCGGGAACAUCGGCACGGCUGCUGGGCCGACGCCUCCUGAUGACGACGAGGUGCAGGUCGUGGGGGAAGUGCAGGCGACGGUCGAGGAGCAGCGGGAGGCCCGGCGCCUCAUGCUGCCGCCCAACUUCUACCUGUACCGCCGCCAGCCGUCCUGCCCCGGCUGCCGCGGCUGCGAGCGCGACCCCGACCACGAGGAGACUUCAGACAAGCAGCCCAAAGACUUGAGCGAUGGCAUUGUUCGCACUUCGGCUGCAUCCAAGUCUAGCGGCACCGUUUCGACCACCGUUACGGCUUCCAGCGCGCCAUCUACGACGUUCACGUCUGUGUUCGGCACGACCACUUCCUCCCACUCCAUCUUCAGCGGAGCGCAGACCGGGGUCGCAGUCGCGGAACGUCAGACCGAACCCGCAGCCCAGCCCGCCUCGCUGUUCGGGAACAUCAGCACCUUCAUGUUCGGUGGCAACGCCAAGCCCCAGGCCUCCGCAGCUCCCGUGUUCGGGGCCGUCGCGCAGCCGGCCCCCACCACCACCACCAGCCUCGUCUUCGGUGGGUCGUCCGGCUCCGCCGCCUCGACCUUCACCUUCUCCACCUCCCCCCUGCUCGCCCCGGCCCCCGCGAGCGUCUUCGGCGGGGCGGCGGCCAGCGGGAAGCCCUCGGACCGGCCGGCGACCCUCCCCACGUUCAGCAUUCCCGUCCUGAGCCAGAGCAAGGCCCAGGAGCCGACUGGCGAGGCCGCAGGCUGCAACGGGACGGGCGGAGUGCCGUUCUGCUCCGACAGCGGCCUGACCUUCGCCUCCCUGGCCAAGGCGCAGACCGACAGCUUUGCAGCAGGGGCCAAGCAGCAGAACUUCCCGUGGGAAGGAGCCGGUGCGAAGGUGUUUGGAGGGGCUCCCGGCUCGAAGAAGACCGACGCAGGCGAAGGGAGCGGCGAGGAGGAAGAGGGGGGCGACGUGGACGCACAGCACGACCCCCAGUUCGAGCCGAUCAUCGCGCUGCCCGACACGAUCGAAGUGCGCACGGGCGAAGAGGAGGAGGAGAGAGUGUUCUGCCAGCGGGCCAAGCUGUUCAGAUUCGAGAAAGACGACAAGGAGUGGAAAGAGCGUGGCGUGGGCGAGUUGAAGAUACUGCGUCACCCGACGAACAACACCUUCAGGCUGCUCAUGCGUCGCGAGCAGGUGUACAAAGUGGUGUGCAAUCAUCUGAUAACUGCGGAUAUUGAGCUGAAGCCCAUGAACUACUCUGAGAAGGCCCUGUGUUGGGGUGCACUCAACUAUGCAGAUGAAGCAGAACCUCAGCUCGAGAAUUUGGCUGCCCGCUUCAAGUCCAACGAGAUAGGGCAGGAGUUCAAAAAGAAAUUUGAAGAGUGCAGAGCUGAAGUCAACAAAUUGCGGUUAUCUAAAAGCAAGUGUGAUGAAGACUCCAGCAAAGAGCGAGUGUUGUAUGAGCGUCGCCCCACGCUUCCUUCCAACUCGGUGCUGCACCAGGACAGGAGAGCCGGCGACGGCAGAGAAGGUGACGAAGACGAGGAUGAAGAUGACGACGAUGACGACGAGGACGAAGAUGACUUUGAUUCGGGAAUCCUGUUUGAGAAGGACGACAUGGUGUUGCUGAGGAAGGAUAAUGGACAGGCGGUGGAGGUUGGCGUGGCCCACAUCACCAUCACAUACGACGAGGAUAAUCAAUUGGGCCACAUCUAUGCCCUGCACGAUGAUUUGGACCAUCCCAUCUUCGACAUCUGCAUCGAUGACAACUGCACUGUUACGGUGGAUGGGAGCGUUGUCGAGUGGACGGGUCUCGACACUAACGCAGGUCACGAGGGCUUCUCCACCUUCUCCACGGACAUGUCGAGCGUCACGGAUGCCGAGGAUUUCAGGAGUGCCGUGGAGCAUUGCAAGACGCAGCCGAACCAGGACUAUUACGAUACUGAUGCUGACGAUGUCUGAACCAGCUCCCGUGUGCUGCUCCGAGUUGUUACUGAUAAAGACUGAGAUGAGAGACUCGUUCAAUAUAAUAGGCAUUUCCUAUUAUUUAUUGUUUUGUACCUAUAAAACCUACAGCUUGUUAUCUUUAGUCUGUGCUGUCAUCCUCUGGAAUGUUUGCCUACAAAAUUAGUUAUCAUGUUCAGGUUUAAUGGUGAAUAUGUCUUUCUUGAGAUGAUGUUGCUUAAAUUUGGCUGUAAACUAUAUAAUAGUUGAGGAUAAUUCGAGAUAAAUACAUUGUACCAUUUGCCGUGCUAAUUAUAAAUAGAACCUGUUUAUGGCUGUACUGUGUAUCAUCACACUGAAAUGUUAUUUAUUUAGUGCAUUUCUUUGCUUUUGGUUUAUACUAUGGUGUAAGAUGGAUUUGUGAAUCUGUUACUGAUUGUAAUCCACUGGAACCCCUUGAAUCAAAAAAAAAAUUUACCAACGUAGAAUUUAGUCAUAUUUUAGGUUUAUUAACAGCUAAUGCACCAGGAAUGUUAUAUACAGUCAGCCUGGAGGCACAAGGUAUUUAUGUAUUUGUUAUUAUUGCCAUAUUUACCCACUCAAGUGUCGCCCCUGUGUAUGGCUCGCAUCUGCGAUUUUGGGCCAAAAAAAAACUUAACAUUUUCACUGAAAGGAUUGUACCUUAUAGCUCUAGUAGAAUAAGAGUGAAAUUUAUAUGGUCCAUAUUUCAUCUUAUAGUGGUGUUUAACACGGCAUGGUUUGUGUCUCCCCCUUUUCAUCUAUUUUUUUCCCAUAGCCUUCCCCAAAAGAGGAAAGAUGGGCAGGCAUGCUGUUCUAAUUUUUUUUUUUUUCUUUUCCUGUUCCUCCUAUAAACAAAGAAAGCCCUUUUAAGCAGUUUUAUCAUGAAAUUUUGCAGUAGAAAGUGUGGGAGAUCUCACGUCAAAAACAAUGUUUGAAUACAGUUGCGUCUCAAAAACCUGUCACGGUAGACUUCAUGGUUGUGUACGAUGUCGGUUCAAGAAGAUUUAACGACAAUUAGAGAGGGAGGGAGAACAGUGACCACAAGCACACGGUAUCUCUUAACACUCUUGCUGGAUUAUUUUUAGAUUUCCCCCUCCCUCUUGUCUAGCGCCAGCGUGGAGGCAGAGAGCCGCGUCACUUAACAGCAGACACCGCUAAGUGAUGCAGUUCGUCAUGUUUUACACGCACUGCUGAGCUAUUUUAAUCAAAACCAUUUAUACUUGCUUGUAAAAUAUUUAUUAAAAUCACAGACUAGUUAUUUACGCACAUAUUUGACCACACAGUGCAAUGAUAAAUUUUUACACCCAAAAUGAUAAAAAUUUGCUAAAGGGUCACAGUACAUAGUAUUAAACAAAAAAAUCUGCAUAAAAUGUACGGUACACCAUAGUACUUGAUUGAGGGACAGCGCAACCUUGGAUAAGUUAAGUCUGUAUAGAAUAAGAAAAUUGUCUUGACUUUCAAUUGGUCUAGUGGUAUCAUUUUCCAGCCUUUGUUCAAUGUUUAUUAUCUCACGUCACGCUAUGUAAAUUUCUUUAGGCUUCCGACAACGGUUACAUCAUUUUCUAGGUCCUCUAGCGAAUGUUUCAGUACGUAGUCUUAUCGCAUCGGUUUAGGUUGGCUCAGAUUAUAUGGAAGCUCGGAUAUUCGAGACACAAUCGUGCUUACGUUUAGGACAUGGGCGAAUGGAAGCGAGGAAGGAGGGCUGUGAUUCUCACCAGGAAUAGUUUCCCAAUUAGAGUAGGGUACCUCUGUUCGUAGCAACCAGCUCCUUGAGUGAAAAAGCGGUGCUGGCUACUUUGAAGUGUUGGAACUGAUUACUGGGAAUAAGGUGAUAGGUGUCUCAAAAUAUUUUCUUUUAAGAACUAAUAAAAAAAUUAUAAUAUUUUUAUUUUUGAAGCAACAGGAUUCAAAAGAAUGCAGAUCGGAAAAAAAAAAUUGUUGAAAUAUUGCCCCCCGUACCCACUCCCUUUUCUUCUGAAAGAUCCUUGCAGCAAGCUAGCCAAUACAAAUGUGAAUGACACUUGAUAUGUAACAAAUUUUAUUUUUUAUUUUAAAGAAAGCUUAGUAAUGUGAACAGGUUUUCUUGUUGCACAGGUGUUGACUGAACAGUUUUGCAUUUUCUGUCACAUUCUGUGUUGUUUGUGUUUAUCAUGUACAGUUUACAUAAUUUUCAGUAUUAGUAUUAGGAAUUAAUUUUGAAAUUAUUUAUAGAAACUUUUUUUAAUAUGUGGUUUAUUCUGAUGUGUGUAUUCAUUACUUCAGUGGUGGUAAGUUUUUCCUACGAGAAAAGUAAAUAUUUGUGUGUUGUAAAAAUAUGAUGUAUUUAUAAAUAAUAUUUCUUCCGAGUAAACUGCAACUAUAUUAGUG